CAUUGCUCCGUUGUCUGACUCGGCCGCAACCUCUGCUUGGGCCUUGGGCGGCUCGCCGUGGACACGCGCAGGCUCAGCGAGCCGGGGCCACACCCGGGUGUCCGGGCCGCGCGCGUAGGCGGAGGCGGGGAGUCGCCUCCUCCCCAGGGCGGAGCGUGUGUCCGUCCAGCUGGGCCGGGCCCAGGUGGGGGUGGCCCCGUUGCAGGCCCGGGCGGGGCGAUCCCGUUGCUCGGAUCCUGCUGGGCGCGGCUCGUCCAACUAACUCCACCGCAUCCCCGCUGUGCGCUCCAGAGGCUCGAUCCGCGCGCCGCGUCCCCGCUCCAAGCAGACCCCACCUGCCAGCACCGAGCCGUCGCGUCGCCAUGGCCCAGGUUCUCAGAGGCACUGUGACAGACUUCCCUGGAUUUGAUGAUCGUGCUGAUGCUGAAGUUCUUCGGAAGGCCAUGAAAGGCCUAGGUACUGAUGAGGAGAGCAUCCUGACUCUGCUGACAUCCCGAAGCAAUGCUCAACGCCAGGAAAUUGAUUCGGCAUAUAAAACUCUGUUUGGCCGGGACCUUCUAAGUGAUCUGAAGUCAGAAUUAACUGGAAAAUUUGAAAAAUUGAUUGUGGCUCUGAUGAAACCAUCUCAGCUGUAUGAUGCCUAUGAACUAAAGCAUGCCCUAAAGGGAGCUGGGACAGAUGAGAAAGUCCUGACAGAGAUCAUUGCCUCAAGGACUCCUGAGGAACUGAUGGCCAUAAAGCAAGUCUAUGAAGAAGAAUAUGGCUCAAGCCUGGAAGAUGAUGUGGUGGGGGAUACUUCGGGUUACUACCAGAGGAUGUUGGUGGUUCUUCUGCAGGCCAAUAGAGACCCUGAUACUGGAAUUGAUGAAGCUCUGGUUGAACAAGAUGCUCAGGCUCUGUUUCAAGCUGGAGAGCUGAAAUGGGGAACUGAUGAAGAAAAAUUUAUCACCAUCUUUGGAACACGAAGUGUGUCUCACUUGAGAAGGGUGUUUGACAAAUACAUGACCAUAUCAGGAUUCCAGAUUGAGGAAACCAUUGACCGAGAGACCUCUGGUAAUCUAGAGCAACUUCUUCUUGCUGUCGUGAAAUCAAUUCGAAGCAUUCCUGCCUAUCUGGCAGAAACACUUUACUACGCUAUGAAAGGUGCUGGAACCGAUGAUCAUACCCUCAUCAGAGUUGUAGUUUCCAGGAGUGAGAUUGACCUGUUUAACAUCAGAAAAGAAUUUAGGAAGAAUUUUGCCACCUCUCUUUACUCCAUGAUUAAGGGCGAUACAUCUGGGGACUAUAAGAAAGCCCUCUUGCUGCUCUGUGGAGGAGAAGAGGACUGAGCUGAGCCUUAGCCUGGAGAGAGACCCUGCACUGUGCUUGCCACCGACCUCUUCAGCAUACUCACCGCAUCACUGCUGCAGAGUCUACAUGCCACCUUAUUCAUACUACCAUGUAAAAGUGAAUGAUGGUUAUGCCAUAGGUGAACCUAUAGACGCUUCUUGCUCUGUGAUUGUUACCAUGCUCAAGUACUAUGUUAUGAAGUCUAAAGCCUGGCUGAUUUAUAUGGAUGUUCCUAAGUCUAAGGCCUGGCUCAUGUCUAUUGCCUUCAGAAGUUAGACUAAUGGCUUUUACCUUUUAAAGAAAACCUCAUUUAUAUGAAAGUAGCAGCCAUAUUGCCUCACUCAGAACCUUUGUUUGAGAUUGUGAACUGGAAGUAUUCAUCAGUUUGCUCCUAAAAUUAUCUGGAAAAUAAGGU